GCCGCCGGCCGCGCGGGAAGAUGUCGGCCGGGGAUCGGCGCUGCGCGGCGGCGUUCGCCUUCCGCCCCCUGCCCCAGAAAACCUUCUCCUGCCUGGAGAACAGGGACACCGCGGGCCGACUCCUCAAAUGGUCCAUGCAAGGCAGGAUCACAGCUCAAGCAUUCAGUUUUGACCAGCAGUUUAAGCCCCAUCAGAAGGAUGAAUUUGUUAUGGCAUUUUUUAACGAUCAAAAUGUGAACUCCAGCUUAAAGUUGCUCUCAGCUUCAGGACAAUGGACUACAUUGGGUUCCAAAGUGACAAAAAUUGAAGCUACGGUGGUGCCCUGUACAGAGAUUUCCAUGUCAUUUUUUGAUCGACUGUACUCUGGAGGAGUUGUUAGAGAAACUGGAGAUAUUGUGAAAUGUUAUGAUGACUAUUACGAUGAUAUUCUCAUCUCUGAUGAAUUAAGGAAGGUCUUGCUUCUGGAAGAUUCAGACCAUUAUGACUUAUUCAGUCAACUGGAUCGCAAGGAAUUUCUGUUCUGUCUUUUUAAGCAUCUUUGCAUUGGAGGAGCUCUUUGCCAGUUUGAAGAUGUAGUUGGCCCAUACUUAGAAACUACAAAAGCUUUAUAUAAAGACUUGGUGAGUGUUCAAAAGAAUCCUGAAACUAAUGAAAUACAAAUUAUUUCUACAGUCUUCAGAGUGACUGCAUAUGAUGAUAAUGGCUUAUGCUACCCUUCAAGCAAAAGCCACCAACAGACUUUUGCCUACUUGAUUGUGGAUCCCUGCAAGCGACACGUGCAUACUCUGUAUCACUGUUUUGGUGGAAGCUUAUUUACUAACUACUUAUAAACGUGGCUGUUCUCCAGCUUUAUAAGGGAGGUAGCCUUCUCUCUGCAGGAAUUCAGGUAGAAAUUGCUUCCUUUUUCUUGGGAAGAAGGGCGUGCUCCUUGGUUAUCCGCUCUGAAAGGCUACACCUUCACGCAGAUGUUGCUACGGGGUUGGUGACAGUUUUUCUGUAUUUAAAAGGCACUUCUUGAGGCUAUUUUGGCAGUUUUGUCUCUCCUUCCUUCACCUGUUUUACCUAAUAAAAGGUAUUUCUCAAG